ACAGAUGACUAACCUCUUAGAUCUGUAAAUUCGUGACUUCAUUCGCCAUCAUAGUGAAGAAGACAUAAAACUUUAAUACAAAAAUGGCUAAACCAGUGGAUUUGGAACUGAAGAAAGCAUUUAUUGAAUUGCAACUUAAAAUGGUGGAGACCAGCGAAAAAAUUCAGGUCAUAGACUCUCAAAUCGAUGUGCUAAAGCGAGUCCUGGCACAUGUAGAUAUUACUCAACGAGAGAUCAGUACAUUCCCACCUGAUACUAAAACUUAUGAAUCCGUUGGCAGAAUGUUCCUUCUCACUAAUUUAGAUGAAGUCAAGAGCAACCUGAAGACACGAGAGGCUCAAUUAUCAACCCGCACAUCAGAGUUAGAGAACAGUAAACAGUAUUUAGAGAAAAAUCUCAAAGAGAGUGAAGACAACAUCAGAGAAAUGGUACAACAGAGGAAGGAGCAAAGUGACACUAAAGCUAACUAAAAAAAGAUUUCUAAAUUGUGUUAUUUUUAGAACUGAAAUACUUAUGUAUUCAUUAAUUUAUUAUUAUUCAUUUUGUAACCAAUUUAUUCAUCUCAAUUUUAAUUUUAAUUAAUUCAUUUUUAAGCUCUCGGAACUGCAUGAUUGGUCCUCUGGUGGCACCCUAAGACUAUAAUUUUGUGUCCAUUGAUAAUGUAGUGGACUACAAUGUUGCUUUUACCUUAAUGACUAUUUGAGUGUUCUUAUAUUGUAUCCGUUUUUAUCUCUAAAUAAAUAAAAUUACUAUCAAAAAACCCUUUAAUAUCCUAAUAGUUAUGUAUUAAUGCGCCCGUUGACUGCUUAUAAAACUGUUCGAGUUAAUAUUAAGCUUUUUAAAUGUUUCUUCCAAAAUAGUUUUAAUUAACAAUAAAUACUUUUAUACUUCA